ACAGUUAUUUUAUUUCCAUUAACUAAACAAGAGCCAUAUGUCCUUAGAACCGAUAACCAUGAUUUACAUGGUUUCUGUAAUAACUGUGAAUUUGGCGUAGAAGGGUAUUCACAACAACUAGCAUUGCACAAUAUUCUCCAAUGCCAUUGAUCAUCUGAGUUUCCAUUCCAUGCUUUCGGAGUCAGCAUUAAUUUAGAAAAUAUAAAAUAGGCUCCCAUUCAUUUGUCAUACAUCUGUAGCCUACUCAGUGGAGACAAAACCAACAUAAUUACGUCUGGACGUCCCUCCCUGCCAACACAAGUAGUACAUCUGUGCAAAACAAAAGGAGAGCACCAAUAGACAUCUCUACUUUGAUCGAUGAACAGGCUUAGUCCUACAUCAUCGCUGGAGUAAAAACAUGCCGCACGGACAUAUUGGAAUCUUCUGACAUUGAACUGAAUUGAAGUAUUCAAUAAACCAGGACGAAUAUCCAGCUGAUGGAACUGCACAAGGAGUAAAUCAAGUCAACCAUCAGUACAUCUGCAGACAUCGAUACACAUGUCUGUAGGAAAGAAAGACUUCAAUUUCAUAGGCUACUGAGAAAUAACUUAUGAAGUGAAUCCACUACCUGAACACAUGAUUAAGAAACAGUUUGGAUCAAGUGACGUUUUUAUCUUCAUUUUGGAGUUUAUCAUUAGAACCCCAAACUGAUAAACUCUUUUGUGUGUAAUCUAUUGUAAUCCAAUUUUUUACACGUUAUUUCAAUCUAUUUUAGGUAAUCUAUUUUCUAAAAUAUAUUGGGUGAUUUUUAAUCAAUACAAUUUUUAUCUUUAAUCUGAACUGCUAUACAUUUACAAAUGACACCAUGGCAAAACUCGUCAUUUUGAUAAGUUUACUCGUCAUUAUUCAUGUGUAUGAAGCCAAAGGAAUAUCCUUAAUGCAAGGUCAAGAAGCCAACUUGAUUUUCCAAUAUCCUUGUGAUAGUUCAGAAGUUACAUUACAACAAUCUAACAGACGACCAUUUUAUAGUUCAAUAGAUGGGUCGUCUCUGUCUUUGCCUGCAAAUCAGGCUCAGAGAUUUGAGGUUAAGAAACUGAUUAUCAAUGCGAGCUGCUCUCUCGAUCUUACCAUAAAGGAUCUAAUGAGAGAUGAUCAAGGAACAUACAUUUUGUUUGUUUACAAGGAUAGGGAAAUACUCGGUGAUCAUACACAUAGAAUUUACCUGAAAGUACAUUAUCCUCCUGAGAAAGCACUUUGUGUUGUGGGGGAAGAUUAUGGUAGAGGAUGGGUAGAGGUAGACUGUACAGCCGAUGCUGGAAGUCUAUCAGGGAAGAUUGAAUGCUAUCAAAAUGGUUUAUGGAUGCCUCACUUAACAGACCCUGUUGUGAGAGGUUCUUUAUUGAAACAGACUAUUCUCAUCAGGAAAUCACAGCCAGCGCUUUGUUGCUCUUCUGCUUUUAAUGUAUAUAAAUCAAGAUGUGAAUGUAAUGAUACUGUCUUGUUUCAAAAUGAAUAUCAUGGAAAAGAUCCCUGUUCGAACAUACCAAUCACAACACAAAUAUCAACAGAUCAUACAGACAUGGUAACGUUUAUAACAUCUAUGAACUUUACAGACUACCACUUAUCAACAUCCACUUAUCCAAAAAAAAUGUUCAAAGUUAAAACAGUAAUCAUAGUUUGUGCUCUUACAACAGCUGUGGUGUUCAUAUCAUUAAUAUUCACAAUUAUCCGUGGUACCUACAUGGAACAGAAGAACCGGAAUAGUAAUGUUGCAUCAGAGCAUCCAUCUGCGUUAACAGAUGUUUAUACUGACGCUGAAGAAUGUAUUGAACUGAAUCCGAAACAGGAUAUACCCCGUUGCAGCAAGGACCUCAAGAAAUUUGCAGACAUCCAUGAUAAAACAUUUUAUAAACAAAAAGUUGAAUAUAUUGUCAGGACGAUAUGA